AAGCUCCUGUCCUGUUACCGUCAUCUAUCACGCAUUUCUAUCAGGUUCCUUUUUGUGUUCCUUUUUGAGUGGUUCCUUCUGUUGUCUAAAGGGCGCACCGGGUGAAAAUGGACUUCCGGGACCGAAGGGGGAACUUGGUGAAAAGGGACACAAGGGUGAGCCAGGUAUUGGCCACAGAGGUCCUGUGGGACAGGCUGGUCCACCUGGAACUAAGGGUGAGCCUGGUGAACUGGGGCCUUCUGGUGCUCAGGGUAUCCAGGGUAUCCGUGGUAACCCCGGUAUUCCAGGUUCUCAGGGCUUGAGGGGCCAACCAGGAGACCCAGGAGAGGCGGGGAGAGAGGGAGACAGGGGUAGAAGGGGUAAGAAUGGAUCACCCGGGACUCCAGGAGCUAAAGGGACACCAGGAAUAGAGGGUCCACCUGGUCUACCUGGGACGAAAGGAGAAAAGGGCGACAGUAUCCCGGGGGAACCAGGGGCCAGGGGUGUGGUCGGGAUCACAGGUCGCAGGGGUGAAAAGGGCAUUGCAGGAGUCUUAGGAGCCCCAGGACACACUGGUCCAAAGGGCUUCCCGGGCAGCAAAGGAGCAAAGGGCGACAGAGGUUUAGCAGGAAUACAAGGAGAAAGGGGAAGCCCCCUCCAAAUCCAGGGACCGAGAGGCUACAAGGGCUUAAAAGGAGAAGGGGGAGAGCGAGGCUCCCCAGGUUUCGAUGGAGAUAAAGGAGAGAAGGGCGAGGAUGGGCCCCCGGGGUUCAAGGGCCUCAAAGGAGAGGCAGGGGCCAAAGGAGCCAUGGGGCUGUUUGGGGUCCGUGGAUCAGUGGGCCAAAAGGGAGAUACUGGUGAGCCUGGAGUCAAUGGAGAAGUGGGUCGUAACGGGGACGAUGGAUUGGACGGAGCCACAGGAGCCAAAGGAGAUAUGGGACUCCAGGGACAGAAGGGAGAUCAGGGUGACAGAGGUGAACCUGGCUUACCAGGGGAUACUGGGCAAACAGGAGUGAAGGGAUUCCGAGGCCUACCUGGACGCAUAGGAAGCACUGGGCUAGAUGGAGAAAAGGGAGAGAUGGGUAUUUCUGGAACCCCAGGACAUCCAGGGCUCAAUGGACUCACAGGACGGAAGGGUGAAAAAGGGGACGGGGGUAUCAAUGGAGUAGAGGGAGCACCAGGACUAAAAGGAGAGAAGGGUGCCACUGGUUUCCCAGGGUUCCCUGGGUUUAAGGGGUCAGCAGGGACACCAGGCAGUGAUGGAGCGGAGGGGCGACCAGGACGAAAUGGGUCCAAGGGAGAGACAGGAACCAAGGGAGAGAGGGGCAGGAGAGGCAGAGGGAAGCCUUGUCAGACAGGACCACCUGGAAGUCCGGGACAAAGAGGAGGCAGUGGAGAGCUGGGAAAUGAGGGACUAAAGGGACAGAAAGGGGAACCCGGACUCUCUGCCGAGGAGGUGAAGGAUCUGGUCAACCAAGAGGUUGUGAACCAGUGCGGGAUGGACGAGAAGUUUGUGGUGAAGUCCAAGGACCCGGAUGCUGAGAGCAUGUUGUUUGAGAGGAAACCGGACGAGCCUGUAUCCAUGUUCACUCGCAGCCUACCUGAGGAUGAGAUGGGAGAGGAGGAAGAGGACAAGAAUAGACUUGUAAAGGAGCUGGUAGGAUCAACCACUCCUCCCCCCAUCCCCUUGCAAGAGGAGGGGACCCCAGGUGAUGACAACCUUACCGGUCUUGAGCCUAGAAGGUGAGAGGGAGCCGCCAAUCAAGACAAUUCUUUUUUUUGUAAAUGCCACAGUGUAAAAUGUUCGAAUUUUUGUGCAGAUCUGGAUUUUUUAAAUAUUUAAAGUAAACUAAUGAUUUUCCACACUUGAGAGAAAUGCCCAUAUAGAGCAAAGCUGCAUGGGUUUCAUAUAUUUGCAAAAUCAUUCAAAAUGCUUUAUCUGUGCCUGUUUGAGCUUGCCUGGCUUAAUUACCCAAUAGAAAAGUCCCAAAACUGCAAAACCCUGCCCAUCUGGGACUCCAGGCAGUCUUUUAAGGUAACGCUCAAAUUAUUUUUCAAGUAUUUGAACCCAGGUCUAAUACAGCUAUUGUAUUUUCUAUGGACUAUGCCAAUUACAGUUGACUCACCAUGUGAAUGUUAUGAAUGUGUUCUUUCAUGAUUUAAUCAAAAGGUAGCCUGCACAUUCUAUAUUACUAUAGUAUAGUAUAGCACAUUCUAUAGUACUAUAGUAUAGCACAUUCUAUAGUACUAUAGUAUAGCACAUUCUAUAUUACUAUAGUGUAGUAUAGCA